UUAUAAAACUUUCCUCUACCCCUGGAAGUGAAUUGUAGAGAAUGGAUUUGUUGACGUUCAACCAAUUUGCAGUCCUCCUCUGGAAAAAUUUUACCUUAAAGAGGAGGCAGUUCUUUACUUUAACAUUGGAAGUCUUAACAGCACUGGUGUUCCCAGUGAUGAUUUUGGUAUUCCGUACACACAUUGCUAUAAAAGUUGUUGGACCUUAUAGUUAUACUCCUCAGCCCAUCAAUUCUUUGCCUUCUUUCCUAAAAAAUCCUGAAGAGUGGGAAUUGACUUAUGUGCCUUCUAAUAUUGAUGUGAUACAGGAGAUCAUUGAGAAUGUAAAGAGGAAUCUGAACACCAGUAUAAAAGUUCGAGGGUUUGCUUCAGAAAUGGAGCUUGAGAACUACCUUAAGUAUGACUAUGGAUCUCAUAACAUACUGGCUGCCAUCAUUUUUGACACUGACUUCGAAAGCCGCAGUGACCCUCUGCCACUUCAGGUAAAAUAUCAUCUGCGUUUUGUUAGGAUACAGAGAUCUUUGAUGUGGCCAGACAGGCUGGGCUGGAAGACAUCCUUACUCUUUCCUGUUCAUCCCUCUGUAGGACCCAGGAAUGCAGAUUAUGAUGAUGGAGGAAGUCCUGGGUACAUCAGAGAAGGGUUCCUGGCUGUACAGCAUGCCUUAGAUAAGGCCAUCAUGCUGUAUCAUGAAAGCAGUGCUAGCCAGAAACUGUUUGAUAAUAUCAGUAUAUUUAUACAGAGAUUUCCACACCCAGCUUAUUCUCAUGAUGGAUUAAUUUGGAUCACUAGUUCCUUCCUCCCUUUGAUGUUCAUCCUGAUGUUCUCUCCAACUGUACUUUCCAUCAUGCGAUCCAUUGUCUGGGAAAGGGAAAAAAGAUUGAAGGAGUACCAGCUUAUAAUUGGAUUUAAAAACUGGAUCAUCUGGGCUGCCUAUUUCUUCACAUUCUUCUUUUUUUAUAUCAUUAUUAUCUCUAUGAUAUGUAUUUUAUUCUCUGCCAAGAUUUUCAGUGAGCCAGUCUUCCGCUUCAGUGACGGUAGUUUCAUCUUUGUCUUUCUUAUGUGUUACGCCAUUGCUUCAAUAUUCUUUGCCUUUAUGGUUAGCACGUUCUUCAAUAAAG